GCUGUCACGUGGUUACGCCGCUGGCUUGGGCAGCUCGAUCGACUGAACGGAACUGAAUCACCGGAGAAGUCCGCUCCCUUUCACCGGUCCACCGCGAUCUUCCGCCUCACGUCACGCGUUACACAGUAACGGCAUCAUGUCUGCGGUGCAGCGGAUGAAAGUAGCGAACGAGAAACACAGUAAAACCAUCACGCAGCGAGGACAUGUACAGAAGACCACGCGUGUUGUAAAUGAGGAGAAAUCUCCGGUGGGUCCCUGGCUGAUCGCCCUCUUCAUGUUUGUGGUGUGUGGCUCAGCUAUCUUUCAGAUCAUCCAGAGCAUCAGACAGGGGAUGUGAACACUGAGACGAGCAUCAGAACCAUCAGUCCCUCACCUGGAGAUCUGUGAACUUCCUCUUAAACACUCUCUCUGAGCUGAAUCUGCUCUUCCAUCCAGAUGUUUUAUUGAUCACUUCCUCUGGCCGUUUAUGGCUCAUUUUCAGCUGUGUGUGUGUAUGUGAGAAUAUUUGUGUUAAAUGGUUUGUUUUAAAAAAUGAUCUGUAUCCCUUACCGUCAACUUUACGGUAAACAUUUAAGGGUAGAACGUUCUGGAAGCAUACAAUUAUCUGGAUUUGUGUACCGUGUAUAGUUGGCUGUUGGGUUGGGUUAUGAGUGUCUCUCAUUAGUUUCUCUAUGAGUGCAAUUAUCUUCAUAUCUGAUUAUAGAUUCAUUGUUCUGUUUCCACUCAUGUGAAGUAACCAGAUUUUGUAUAAACUCAGAGAAAUGACCAUGUGUAAAUUCAAACAUUAAUAGCCAUACAAUAUUUCUCCCUUUUCCUCUCUGUUACAGUAAAUUGAUGCUGUGUAAUAAUGAUUUUAUACAAAUAAAAGGUAUUUUCUCUA